AUGAUCAAAAGGCAGCUUUCAGGCAAAGGGACCAAGCUCCAGUUACUACUUUGGGAAGAUCUGGCAAAAAACUUCAUUGAUGAAAAGACUGAGCAAGCCCUGGCAGCACAUGAUCAGCAGUUUGAGUGCUGUCAUGAAAAGCUUGCUGCCCUGGAAACCUUCUCACACCAAAUCAGACAAAUGCAACGGCAUAGUGAUCUUAUUCAGUUGCUGGAAAAAUAUACAGAACUUGAGAAGGAAAUGCAGGAACCCACAUGACUGUUAGAACAGUGGCAUCCAAUAACUCUCUUAUUUGAGCACAUACUUAACCGUUAUAAGCACUUCGUGACAGUUCUUCAGUCCAUUCUACAGAAACCAGUAAAAGCCUGGUUUAAAGAAGACAUUUUCAGUAGCCUUAAUGCCACUGCAAAGAAGGAGCCAGGAACAGUGUUGAAGACCGUGUCUCCUGUUGAUCAGUUGCUUUUCUUAAAACAUAAGUAUGAUGCAAGAUCACCAACAUAGGAAUAUGACAGCCUUCACCCAAGGCUGAAAUUGACUGAUGAUUGUCUUGUAGUAAACUUUAAUUGGUGGAGGAUAUUUUACCCUUGUUGUCCCCAGAGAUUCAAUAAAUUAUGGCAAGCGAUGAGCAGAGAUGCAUUCCUCUCUGGGAGCCAUUACUGGGAAGUUGACCCUCAUGCUGGAGCAGGAUGGUGGAUUGGCACAGCCUACCCUUCCAUUGGCAGGAAAGGAGAUGAAGCCUGUUGACUGGGCUGGAACAGAGCAUCUUGGUGCCUUAAGAAGUUUGAUUUUGAAUACUGGGCAUUUCACAAGUGUGAGAGAAUCCCCAUCCUGAUAGAAGAUGAUCCUGAUCACAUUGGCGUUUUUCUGGAUUAUGAAGCAGGAAUCCUUUCAUUCUACAAUGUUACUGAUGGCAUGGCUCAUUUGCACAACUUCCACUGCAAGUUCUCAAAACCAGUUUACCCAGCCUUGAAGAUGUGAGAAUGGUCCAUUGGAAUAUGUAAACAUAAGAAUAAAGCAAAAUAAAGCUUACUAUUUCAUGCUUUCUCUAUGAAAGCUACUUUAGCAAUGAUCUACAUGAAUUAAUCUCUGUCAUA